AUGGACGACCGGGGUUUGAUCCUCGAUGGCGAUGCCACUGCCCAAGAUGUUUACAGCACGCUCCAUGCUGAGGAGAUCCGUACCUUGUUGCUGGCUCCAGGCAAUAAAGGCACCCCUAUCAUCUGUGAGAUGCAAGUGGUAUCUUCUCCCAAGAGUACUCAGUUCGAGGCUCUGUCCUACGUCUGGGGUGAAACCAUCCCAUCCAAAGUCAUCUCUUGUAACGGCUUUGACUUUCCUGUUACGGAAUCUCUGUACACUGCCCUUCUACAUCUGCGCUAUCCAGACGCCUGGAGACGGCUGUGGGUAGACCAACUUUGCAUCAAUCAAGUCCAGGGUCAGGAGUUGAUGAAACAAGUCGGGUUGAUGGGAAGCCUUUAUUCUUCUGCAUGCCGCGUGAUUGUCUGGCUCGGCAAGUAUGACCAGAAGAUGUCCCUAGCAUUCGAACUGCUGCAGGAGACCUCUCUGAGUUCGAGCCUUGUUCGGUCGGAUUUUCUGGACUCGUCGAGUGGGCUUUCCACACCUCGAACAAGAUCCCUCGCGGCUCGAGGAACUUCCAGGUCUCCACGCUUGUCGCGAUAUUCUAGCCGUGCAUCGAGUUCGCGUGAAAGCCUCACCAGCCUCUCCUCUUCAACUUCUAGCCUCAGUAGUUUGUCGCUCCCUCGGCCAAGGAAUAGACGGCACGACACUCCUCCCGCUUUGAAAUACGCGUUGUCGAUUUUUCAGCACGUGUACUUCACGAGGAAGUGGACCUUCCAAGAGAUCAUCCUCGCGAAGGCCGCAAUUAUCUGCUGCGGCGAUCUCGAAAUGGCAUGGAGCGACUUAUCUCUAUGGUACUUCCACUACGCUUCAAAGUUACGCAGCUCGAGUCUCUUAUACGACUCUAACGGCUCCUUUGAGAGUAUCCUGACAGUGAGAAACGAACUGGACAAGGGUACACUGAAGCUCAGUAAGUUGCUCAUGCUGACCAGGCCAAGAACGAGCAUGAAACCCGAGGAUGCAAUUUAUGCCUUGCUGGGCUUAAUGCCUGACUUGCUACACGCUAUAAAGUCGAAGUCAAAUAUCCAACAGCCUCCAGGGAUAGUGCCUUCUCAGGAAGAAAACUUGUUCUGCCUUUAUCUGAAGGUCUUUCUGUAUUGCAUUGAGAAAGAGCACGACUUAGCCAUCAUCAGUGCCGCUGGCAGGUACAGGGCCAAUGUCCAAGCAACGAACUGGCCAGGCUGGCUGCCGGAUUGGAGGCAAUCCCUCCCACUUCGGCCGUUGGUCAUCAUAAGUCCUAUGGAUCUUGGCCCGGAGUCCGCCUUUGAUGAGGACUCUCCUAAAGAUGCGCCGCCUUUAUCACAAGCCGAGACUUCGCCCAUUUACAGGUUAAAUUUCCAUCCAGGGCCGACGGCCUCAUUGAUGUCAUCGCGGCCCUCUCUGACAGUAUUUGGUGUCCGUCUUGGCUGUAUAGUCACGCGUCCACUGUCCUGGCCUAGCGUUUUCUUCGUCGCCGACUCACCAGCUCAGUCUAUACUGAGCGGCAGCCCUGAUGAAAGCCAAUUUACUCAACCGCUUGCAACCCUAGCACCGGCGCUCUUUGACGAACCGUUGAAAUCUCACCAAGCUGCAUAUCAGGGGCCAAACCAGGGUUAUGCGCGAUUUUUGUUGCAGAGAUCACUCCAAGCUGGCGCCCAAUGUCGCUCCGUGAGGACUUCAGCCAUGGUGCAGUCUGGGGAUUGGCUCUGCGCCUUCAGAGGCGGGAGUGUAUUAUACACGGUUCGUCCACUCGACGGGUUUCCUGCUGCCCUCCAAGCAAAGUCCACGUCACCGAGAAGAGGGAGAUUGUUACGUGAAUCGAAACGGUCAACGUCAUCGACUGGCAGUCCACCUCACCAUCCUGCUAAAUAUCUGUUCUUCGGUGAAUGCGUGGUGCACGGCCUCAACCCAAGCGAGGUUCUGUCUCAUCAAAACGAAAUGAUGGAAUUUGAACUAGUGUAA